AACUAUCGAGGCCUUCACGUACCGUAAUGCCUGUGGUGCCCAAUUUUAAAUGGAGCUGAUGUCGAAGGUAAACCCCCCUUUUCACUGCAAAUUUAAUCUGACAGUUUGCACAAACUGUGGGGUCCGUCAUUUUGCGCCAUGGCCUUCUGUCAAAUUCAAGUCUCCUCAGUCACAUGGCUUUGUGCCAGUCAGAACUAACAGCCAGCUCAUCAAAACAUAAUGACGUAAUGAAAGGUCAACCACGGAUGCGCAUAGGCGGGCAGCAAUAACACGGUUUAGUAGGUCAGAAUGUCGACACGGCAUGUGACGUAAGUCACAACUGUGAAUUAUCUUGGAUUUACUGGUCGUAAAGGCUACAGAAUGCGGAAAAACUUGGCAGAGAUAGAGAGGAUGACACGUGAAAAACCGAGCGUGUAAUGGCUGAAAGCAAGGAAAAUCGUGAAGAAGUUCUCACAUGCCCGAUAUGUGUGCAAACAUUCCGGAAACCAGUAACGUUACCUUGUCAGCACAGUUUUUGCAGAGAGUGUAUUGCUGUGUAUGCUGACAAGUCUAAACCUGGGCAGACAGAUGAGGUCACCUGUAGCACGGGGAGUGAGGGUGUUCACCAGCUGAUCUCAUGCCCUGUAUGUCGGACACCAACCAGUCUUGGGAGAGAAGGUGUGGCUGGUCUGCCUCCCAACUUUCACCUGGCAGAAAUAGUGGAGAGGUUCUCUUCUGCUGUGAAGGUUGAGGAUGACAUCCCAUAUUGUUCUCUGUGUGGUGAGGAUAAUCAGGCUAAAGCUGUCAAGUUUUGUACCGACUGUUGUUUACUGUAUUGUAAAGAUUGUCUGGCUUCUUUUCAUCCCAUAAUGGGGGCUAUGAAGCGUCACCGGCUGAUUUCGUCCCAAGAGUACCUCUCUCUGGAAACCUCACAGCGACAGACCAGUGGCAGGGAUGAACAAUCAACUCAGCAAGCGUCAUGUCCAAGACAUGGUGAGCCAUUCUGCUUGUACUGUGUACGGUGCCGGCUGGUGAUCUGUGUGGGGUGUGUGAUUGACCAUCCGGAACAUGCUGUGCGGGAUAUACCAUCUGCAGCGGAGAAUGCCAAGCCAGCGGUCUUGAACAAGACUAGUGAACUGGAGAAAGUGCUACAAGAAACUAAAGAAUCACUGUCAGGAGUUACGAGGCUGUACAAUAAGAUACAGGAAACCCAGGAACUUCACACUCAAGAGGUAGAAAGGGCUUAUUGUGCAGCCUUGGAAGCCUUACAAGCCUGGAAACAACAGUCCUUAGAUGGCAUAAAAACUCGCUAUUCACAGUGGAGUGUGGAGUGUAGCGCUAUACUCCAACAUUUCCAGCUACAUUCCCAGGAAAUGGAGAGGAUGGUACAGGCUUCCAAAGAUUUAUUAGCCUCACUGGACGUUGAGUUUUUACAGGUAAGUCAAACAUGUACAAUCUCUACCAUUGGUUCAGCUGCCUCAGCUCCAGUUAAAUACUUCAACUAACCACACAGGACAACCUGACAAUAAUUUGUCACCUUCAGAGAACGUACAAAGUUUUCUUACAUGUAUGGGCUGUGGAUAUCUUG